GGCCCCCAGAGCCGGUCUCGCGCGCCGGGCGUCUUCCUUCCUUCCGCUGCCGCCGCCGCCACAUCCCGGGACCCGACGGGCCGCGGCGCGGAGGCCGCCGGUGGCGGCGUGGAGGCCUCGAGGCAGGGUAGGGCGGGCCUCCCGCGCUCCCGGGACCCCGCGCGCUUCGCCCACAGGCCCGGCGAGGCCCGACCCGCGCUGCGCCCCCAGUGCCAGGGGAGGAGCCUAAGGACCCGGACGAGCGCCGCUCCAGUAGGUGACAAGAGGAACCAAGAACCUCAGUUCAGGGGAAACACAGCAAGGAAAUGUGAGCCCCAGGCUGCAGAAGUUAGCUGUUUGUUCUCGUGGAUGAAAAAUGGGAGCCCGAAGAGCUCUUCAGUGACACACCCACAGCCACCUAGCUGGGGAGAGGGUGAGUAUAGACCAGUCCCUGACCCCCUGCCCGGGUGAAAGACUAGCUACGGAGAUGGUGAGUGCAGACCAGUCCCUGACCCCCUGCCCGGGUGAAAGACUAGCUACGGAGAUGGUGAGUGCAGACCAGUCCCUGACCCCCUGCCCGGGUGAAAGACUAGCUAGGGAGAAGGUGAGUGUAGACCAGCCCCUGACCCCCCGCCCAGGUGAAAGAAGCUAAGAGCUCCUGACUUUAAAUGAAAAUCCAAUACUUAGGAAGGCACGUGUGGCUUCAGGAUAGUGCGCCUCUGUUUUCACCUCGCGCAGAUGGAGAAAUCCUAUCCCUAGGCCACCUGGCUUCCUGGAGAGCAGAAGAGGUGCUCUUCAUUUUCAGGUAAGGCUUCAUUAUCUUCCCACUUUACCUGCAGAUGAGCUCAGUGGGCGAAAUCAUAUUAGAUUCCUUUAGAAGACUAGUUCCAUUGGAAAGAUUUGAUUCUUAAACUAUAAAAACCUCCCAAGUGCUGUCCUGAGGCCGGGCAAGGGUGAUCAGGGGUUGGAAACCUGGAGAGAAUGAGCAGAGCAGGCAGUGGAAUGUGCAGUUCCCAGGUCCUCCCGCCACAUGCUCUGCAGAGUCAGCGCGUCACGUGGAGGAGGGAGGCAGUGUCUUUUAUCACUGUUCCCUUUUUCAUAGCACUGAUCCUAGGAGAGGGUGGGUUGCAAGCCCCAGGACACUCAGAGCCAGGACCUCUCUGUUCAGAAUUGCAUGCAACCUGCUUGGUACAUCCUGUUCUUUUUACUCUCUCCCCAACCCACCCUGGUGCCUCUGCUGCUCGGUUAGAAAUGGCCUGCAGCUGGCAUUUUUCAGGGGGGUGCUCUCACUGUGACCCAUGAGGAUGGACCCCCCUGAGUGUGCUGUCUUAGAGGGAUGAGCUCAGUGGACUUGGUACUGCUGGGCCCUGCAUCCUCUGGCCACAGUCUAAGCCUCAGUUUCUUGAAGGGAAGUUAGCAGUUGCUGGAAUGAGAGUGUGUCUUGUUUUUUUCUCUCUUCUUGAUGUAGACCAUACUGUUGCGUUAAUUUCUGGCAGCCACACUGAGAAGGGUAUAGAUUAAGCUGGAAAAUCACAAAGAGUGCCAAGGGAUUGGUCAGUUUUUACUGGGGGUCUGCACCAGGCCAAAUGGGUGCUGGUUUUUUGUCUACAUUGUCUCAUUUAAUCCUCAUGGCCACUCUGGUAGGAGGAGGGCCUUCUAUUAGAGAUGGGACAUUGAGGCUUAGAGAGGUUAAGUGACUUAUGGAGUCAUAGAGCUAAUGGGUGUGAGCAGGGACUUGAACCAGGUCUGGGGUUCUCUGUGCCUCACUGCCUCUGACAAGGAGUGGUGGAAGGAGGAGGGGAUUGUGGGAUGGAGACAGGAGACAGGACAGCUGGCUUCGAAGGAAUUUGGCAUGCCCCCUGCUGGGUGGUGUUGCUGAUAAAAUACAGUACACUCGGUUAAAUGUGAAGUCCAGGAAACAACACAUAGGUUUUUGGUUUUUUUUUUUAGUAUAAGUAUAUGUAAUAUUUGGGACAUACUUUAUGCUAAAGAAAUUAACUGAAAUUAAACCUAACUGGGUAUCCUGUGUUUUUAUUUGUUCAACCUGACUUGGGGAACCCAGGAAGGAUACUGGGCCUCAUAUCUGGGCACAAAAAAUACUGGUUUUGGGGGGGGUUGUAUAAGUAUGUCUUAUGCAAUAUUCGGGUUAUACUUACACUAAAAUUUUAUGUUUUCUGAAAUUUAAUCUUAACUUGGGGGUUGUCCUGUAUUUUUAUUUGUCUAUCAGGCAACCCUAUUGGUGAUCCCAGGAAACACACGAAGCCUUAUACAUGGGCACCUGAGGGUGGCCUGCGAGCCAUUCGGAGAAAACCCAGGCAGCUUGGCAGGUGUUGAACUCCCCACUGCAGGCUGUAUUCAGGUGUGGCCGGAUAACCACGUGGAAGAGUCAGUGAAUGGCUGCAGUGUGACAACAUGCACCACCAGUGGCUUCUGCUGGCCGCAUGCUUUUGGGUGAUUUUCAUGUUCAUGGUGGCUAGCAAGUUCAUCACGUUGACCUUUAAAGACCCAGAUGUGUACAGUGCCAAACAGGAGUUUCUGUUCCUGACAACCAUGCCAGAAGUGAGGAAGUUGCCAGAAGAGAAGCACAUUCCUGAGGAACUGAAGCCAACUGGGAAGGAGCUUCCAGACAGCCGGCUCGUUCAGCCCCUGGUCUACAUGGAGCGCCUGGAACUCAUCAGAAACGUCUGCAGGGAUGAUGCCCUGAAGAAUCUCUCGCACACUCCUGUCACCAAGUUUGUCCUGGACCGAAUAUUUGUCUGUGACAAGCACAAGAUUCUUUUCUGCCAGACUCCCAAAGUGGGCAACACCCAGUGGAAGAAAGUGCUGAUUGUUCUAAAUGGAGCCUUUCCUUCCAUUGAGGAGAUCCCCGAAAACGUGGUGCACGACCACGAGAAGAACGGCCUUCCUCGGCUUUCUUCCUUCAGUGAUGCAGAAAUUCAGAAGCGAUUGAAAACAUACUUCAAGUUUUUUAUUGUAAGAGAUCCCUUCGAAAGACUUAUUUCUGCAUUUAAGGAUAAAUUUGUUCACAAUCCCCGGUUUGAGCCUUGGUACAGGCAUGAGAUUGCUCCUGGCAUCAUCAGAAAAUACAGGAGGAACCGGACGGAGACCCGGGGGAUCCAGUUUGAAGAUUUUGUGCGCUACCUGGGCGAUCCGAACCACAGAUGGCUAGACCUUCAGUUUGGGGAUCACAUCAUUCACUGGGUGACGUAUGUAGAGCUCUGUGCUCCCUGCGAGAUAAUGUACAGUGUGAUUGGACACCAUGAGACCCUGGAGGACGAUGCCCCAUACAUCUUAAAAGAGGCUGGCAUUGACCACCUGGUGUCAUACCCGACCAUCCCUCCGGGCAUUACCGUGUAUAACAGAACCAAGGUGGAGCACUAUUUCCUGGGCAUUAGCAAACGAGACAUCCGACGCCUGUAUGCACGUUUCGAAGGGGACUUUAAGCUCUUUGGGUACCAGAAACCAGACUUUUUGCUAAACUAAUACAUAGGACCUAUGAAUUCAAAUAUCUUUAUUAGACCCAGGGCUAACCAGGUAGAGAUCUGAGCCCAGAAAUGACCCUUCCUCCACCACACCCCUCCUUUUAGGAUGCCCGGGGUCUCCCACGGGCCUGUGAGUUGCCUCGGCAUAUGACGCAGGACCCCGACUGUUACAACUUAGUUUGGAUGUAAGAUGCUCUGAGGACCCUGCCCACACCCCUGCCAUUGUCAUUAGGAUGUUGCUGGCCUUUGCUCACCUCAGAGGGGAGAAAAGACUAAAGAUUUGCAGUUUGACAGCCCAGCAGGGAGGAAGCAUCACACAGCAUUAGGAGCCAUUUCUCUCAGGUGUCAAGGAAGGGGAUGCCCCUGAGGUUCUCCUGGCUAGUCGGGGUGGCUUCACCCAUCACUGGUGGGUUGCAGGAACAGUACCCAGCACUCUGAGGAGGGACAGAGAAGCAAGGGGACUGCUGAAAUCGCAGAGGCUUUUGCAGCAUCAGAUCUGAGGAGUAAAACGGCACCUCUGGCCUUCAUCUUGGUGCUGCUACAAUUGUGAAGGCAAAGCAUUCUUUCUGUGACUGUUUUGUUCCUGUAGACAGUCAGCGAUGGCCAGAGGGUGGUGUGGUGUCCAGGGGUCCAUCUUUCCAGAAUCCAUGCCUGUGUAAUGCUGGUCCAUGCUUCUGAACCUGUGUCUGCCAAGCGCCUAUUUCAUUCGGCAUAAGAGAUAACGAUUUUAGAAGGUGAGGGGAGGGGAGGCUUUUUCUACCUGAGAAGGGGAAUGUCUUUGGGGGCCUUAAAAGGAACAUGGCCCAGGAAUGGGAGGGCUAGUUGGGCUUGGAGCUCAGGCUGCUGUGGAUUCAGCACAUCAGUUCUGACUUGCCUUACCUGGGUGGACAGCAGUGAGUCUCCACCUGUCUCCGCCAGGGAGCUCCCACAUUGGGGCUGAAGACGAGCAGGGGCAACAUGCCAGCAUCAUAGAAUUCAGUGUAGUUUACACAUUUCGAUUCCUUUCAUCUCAGCAAAAUGGGCACCGCCAGAGCCAUUUCUGAUCACACCACCAUCCUGGACCAUGUGACUGGAAGGUGGGUAACCAAGUUCACCAGCAAUAAAACCCAGGUCCCAGGUAGCCUCCAGCAGCGCAGCUUCCUGGCAGCGAGGUAGGCCCUGGUGCAGGGCAAGCCGCAGCAACCAUUUCAGAUACCGUCCACAGCCAGGGCCGCUGAGAUCUGGGACAGAUUCCUGGGAUGAGUGCCAGCCUGACCCUGCAUGGUGCCGCCGAGCCCAGGAUGGAGGAGGGAGCCAGGCUUUGCUUCAAGGCGGCCUCUACCUUUUCUCAGAAUGGUUUCCUGAUUGUGUCAAUGUGAAAGUAAAAUAAAAUUUAUGUGCCAAACCUGA